CACACACACAGCCUGUCCCUCAUAUUGAUUCAUCCUAUUGAUUGUAUGUGUGUGUGUGUGUGUGUGUGUGUGUGUGUGUGUGUGUGUGUGUGUCUGUGUGUGUAAUGCUGGAAAACCCAGAACUCCAACCGAUGAGUUCACAACGAUUUCGUAACGUUACUUUGUUAUUGACAGAGUGUUGAACAUUAACGUGUUGACUUAUUAAUAGACGUAUUGAUCUGGACGUGUCGUGGACAUCCGUCUUGUUCACGCUUUGCGGCUCCAAGUCUCCAGGUCACCUGACCAGCUCUGUAUUCUGGGCUCUGGAAUCAUACAAACACAGAGCGCGACCUUCAGGGUCGAGUCGCGACCUUCAGGGUCGAGUCAUGACCUUCAGUGCUGAGUCACCGCGCCGCCCACGUAUUUGUUUUCAUGGUUACUGGAUAAUGGGUUAGCCGAGCUAAUGAUUGAUUGAUUGAUUGAUGACAUCAUCAGAGGGCAGAAGAAGCUCCUCGCCCGACAGAACAACGUUCCAUAAGUUUUAUCGUCUCGUUUAUGAACACGAUGAGAGCAGCCGGAGCUUCGGUUCUCUUGCUGUUUCUGUUGGUUCGGAGCUCUGAAGCGCAAAGCCAUUCGUUAAAUGAUGAGACUCCAAACAACAUGGAUCAGAUAGCACAAGUCCCAGAGAAACCACAAGCAGCAGCCCUACCCUCAAACCCCCUGGUGACCAGCCCGGCCCCCGAGGACCCCAAGGACCCCACAGCCCCCAACGACCCCACGGACCUCAAGGACCCCACGGCCCCCAGGGAUCCCAAGGACCCCACAGCCCCCAACAACCCCACGGACCCCAAGGACCCCACAGCCCCCAACGACCUCACGGACCCCAACGACCCCACGGACCCCACAGACCCCAAGGACCCCAAGGACCCCACAGCCCCCACGGACCCCAAGGACCCCACAGCCCCCAACGACCUCACGGACCCCAACAACCCCACGGACCCCAAAGCCCCCACAGUCCCCACGACCCCCACGGCCUCUGAGGCACCCGAGGAAGACGAGUUUCUGGGUCCACCUGAGUGUCUGCAAAAGAAGUUCACUCGUGCGUCAUGUUCACUGGUGUUUUGUCCUCCGUGGGAGCGCUGUAUCGAGGGACGCUGCUCCUGCAAACCCCCGUACCUGUGUCCGGAUGGGGGGGGGGAGCCGGUCUGUGGGCUGGACCACAGGACCUACCGCUCCUACUGCCAGGUGAUGGCGCUGUCCUGUCUGAAGAAGAGAACCGCCAUGUCACACUUCGGGGGGAUUUGCGGAGCGAGUCGCCCCAAGUUCACGAGCAGAGUGGACCCGGUCUCCGGAGUGGUCACGGUCUUCCUUCCUGACUCCGGGAGUCUCGGAGGGGGGGAGAACCUGCUGGUCUGCCGGAAGCUCUGGAACAUGGCGGCCGCUAACGCGGCCUGCAAGAACGAGGGGAACCUACUCGGAGCAGCGACCGCCGAUUUAUACUUGAUAACCCCCGAUGCCGACAAGGACUACCCAAACCAGUGUGUUAGCGUCCGCUGCCAAGGAUACGAGACGUCCCUCGCCGAGUGCGUGAUCUACAACAAGCAACAGCGUUUCAAGAGGGUCGCCAUGGCAACGUGUCACAAGGCGUCGCCAGUGCAGCACAAGUGCGGCUUCACGUGCGCCAACAAGAAGUGCGUCUCUUUGGACCAGACCUGCAACGGAGUCGACGACUGUGGCGACCGCAGCGACGAGAUGUGCUGCAAAAAAUGCAGGAACCGAAGCUUCCGCUGCCGGACGGGCGUGUGCGUCCCUGAAGAGGCGGUCGGAGACGGAGAGCUGGACUGUCUGGACGGAGCGGACGAGUCACAAAAACAACCACGACCAGAAGCGGAGCACAAAGGACCAAGAAACUCAGACUACAUCUCUCCCAAAAACCAAACGAGGGUCGACAGGGCCCACAUGGAGACCAGCUUGUACUGCGGGAUCCCCAACGCGACCACGGUGGACGACGAGCAGGUGGAGGACCGAGUGGGCGGCCGCUACAGGAGGGUUGUGGGAGGAGUCCCGGCGAACCCGACUCAGAUCCAGUGGCAGAUCGCGCUGGUGGAGAACAGGAAGGUGGAUUGUGGAGGCGCUUACAUCGGAGGAUGCUGGGUGCUCACGGCGGCUCACUGUGUCAGGCCCAACCCGUCUGCGUAUAAGUUGAAGUUUUCUCUCUGGAGGAAGUUCCGAGCUCAGGGCACCACCGACAUCGUUCCCGUCGAAGACGUCCGCAUCCACCCGGGGUACAAUGCCAACACCUACGAGAACGACAUCGCGCUGGUGAAGCUGCAGAAGCUGCCGUUCAUGGACAAAUGUGUGGAGGACAACCCGGCCAUCAGCGCCGUGUGCGUGCCCUGGUCCGAACAGGUGUUCCAGCCCAACCACACCUGCAGCAUCUCCGGGUGGGGGCGGACCGCAGAUGGCCGAGCGGCUCAGGUGUUGCUGUGGGCCAACGUGUCCCUCAUCGCCGACUGUCAGAGGUUCUACAAGGAUCGCUUCAAGCUCGGAAUGAUGUGUGCGGGCGACCUGGACGGCAGCGUGGACUCCUGUCAGGGUGACAGUGGAGGUCCACUGGUCUGCAAGGACGAACUGGGAGUUUCUUACCUGUGGGGCAUCGUCAGCUGGGGAGACAAGUGUGGUCAUCCAGGAUUCCCUGGAGUUUAUACACAGGUGGCUCACUACUUUGAGUGGAUACGACUUCACACCGGCUGGCCUGCAGUCACCAAGUUCAACUCCUGAUGAGUCACAUAGCCGAUUAUUAGUUCACUUAAUAAAUGUAUUGUUUUGCGUUGCUCUAUCGAGUUUGAUGCGGCAUCGUACUGAUAUUAGGCCACGGAAUUGGACUGCAGACGGUAAAUAAAUAAAAAAGGUAGAAAAAAUGAAAUAAAAAUAGAAUGUUUUUCUGUUACUAUGGAUCACAAAUACUGACAUUUGGCGAGCAAAUUAGGCUAAUGAAUGAAUAUGAUUAAAUUAAAUUUUUUUGAUUUGCACUAAUUUUAAAAUGUUUAUAAUAUUUUUUUUGAAUAAUUUCACAGUCAUUAACUAAACCGUUAUAUAUAGUUUCAAUUCCAUUCAAAAACAGCCACAGAUUGCAAGCAAAAUGAAAAUCUGAUUCUAUAACUUCUUUGUACUUUUGUUCUGCAACAGGAAGAGAAACAAGAGACAAGAGAUGCACAACAAUGCAGAAUCAGAACUUUAUAUUGCAUUGUGUUUCUUUUUUAAACAUUUGACAAAAGCAAAAAAAUAAAAGUACAAAAAUGUGCAAAAGUGACAUUU